AUUGUAUCGGUUGCCUGAAGUGGUCUUAUAAGGGUGUGUUGUUAUUAGAUUGUCCUUUUUCUCUCUACAUAUUUUCCAUUGGAACAUGCUGCGUGUGAGAUCAGCAUUCUAUCAGUCUUGGAGGGGGUUCAGGACCUUCCCCUAUGCAGCUGUUGAGGUGAAGAAUGAGCCCAUCCUGGGAUUCAACGAGGGCAGUCUAGAGAGGGCCGAGCUGCAGAAGGCCCUGGAUGACCUGAAGGGGAAGACAGAGGAGAUUCCCUGUGUGGUUGGAGACCAAGACAUCAGAUACCAGCUAUCGCCCUUCAACCACUCUCACAAACUGGCCAAGUUUUGCUAUGCUGACAAGGAGCUGCUCAACAAGGCUAUCUUGGCCUCUGUGCAGGCACGGAGGGAAUGGGACCUAAAACCCAUCCAGGACCGAGCCCAGGUCCUCUUUAAGGCUGCUGACAUCAUCAGUGGACCUAAGAGAGCUGAGAUUCUGGCCAAAACCAUGAUAGGCCAGGGUAAAACAGUGGUGCAGGCAGAGAUUGAUGCAGCUGCAGAGCUAAUAGACUUCUUCCGGUUCAAUGCGAAGCACGCUGUUGAACUGGAGAGCCAGCAGCCCCUGGACAGUGAUGGUAGCACCAACACCAUGCUCUACCGUGGGCUGGAGGGUUUCAUAGCUGCUGUUGCCCCAUUUAACUUCACUGCAAUUGGUGGAAACCUGGCAGGUACACCUGCUCUCAUGGGUAAUGUAGUUCUGUGGAAGCCUAGUGACACAGCCAUGUCAGCUAGCUACGCUGUCUACAAUGUCCUCCGGGAUUCAGGGUUGCCCCCCAACAUCAUCCAGUUUGUGCCGGCUGAUGGACCAGUAUUUGGAGACACCAUCACCUCCUCUGAACACCUUGCUGGCAUCAACUUCACUGGCAGUGUCCCUACCUUCAAGCACCUGUGGAAACAGGUGGCCCAGAACCUGGAUGUCUACAAGAAUUUUCCUCGGGUGGCAGGAGAAUGCGGCGGUAAGAACUUCCAUUUUGUGCACAAGUCAGCAGAUGUGCAGAGUGUCGUGACUGGGACCAUCCGCUCAGCGUUUGAGUAUGGAGGGCAGAAGUGCUCGGCCUGCUCCAGGAUGUAUGUACCAGACUCUCUGUGGCCCCAGAUCAAACAGGGGCUCCUGGACAUCCACAAGCAGCUCAAAGUGGGAGACCCCGUGGAGGACUGGAGUACAUUCUUCUCUGCUGUGAUUGAUGACAAGUCCUUUGCUCGUAUUAAGAAGUGGUUGGACCAUGCCAAGUCUUCCCCUAAGUUGAACAUUAUUGCUGGGGGCCACUGUGAUGACAAGAAGGGUUACUUUGUGGAGCCCACCAUCAUUGAGAGCACAGACCCACAAGAAGCCAUCAUGGCCGAGGAAAUCUUUGGGCCAGUUCUGUCUGUCUAUGUUUACCCUGAGAACGACUACCUGGAAGUUCUGCACCUGAUAGACAACACAUCACCAUAUGCCCUGACAGGAGCUGUCUUUGCUCUCGAUAAGAAUGUUGUGAAUGAGGCAGCCAAAGCCUUGCGGAACGCUGCAGGAAAUGACUAUGUGAACGACAAGUCCACUGGCUCUAUUGUCGCCCAGCAACCAUUUGGUGGCGCCAGAGCUUCAGGUACUAAUGACAAACCUGGUGGUCCUCACUACAUACUGCGAUGGACGUCCCCACAGGUGGUCAAGGCCACCCACGUCCUGCUCCGAGAAUGGAAGUACCCCUAUAUGGGUUAAAAAGACAGUACUCUACCCCUUCCUCACCUACCUAGGCCUCCCUCAUCCAAUCCUAGUUCUGUAGAGGAAUCUGUAGGCGUUUUCUCCAGUCAAGACGGACAAUGAAAUGAAGAGAAAAAUACUCUACUUAUUCAUCCAAGUUUUGUCCAUUUUUGCCCUUAUAAGUAUGCACUGAAUCUACACACAAGUACGAAUGUAAUUAUUAGCUGUUCUAAAUUGAAAGUGGGAGCACUUCAUGAGAUCAGCAGGAGCUGCAGCUGACCCAGCCAAGUUGCCUGCUAGCUGUACAGAAGAAUGACAAUAUGAAAACGUCCCAUGGAUCCACAGACAUAGUAAAACUGUGUGGUCUACCAUGGAUUCCACAGACGUAAUAAUCAAUCAUCUGUUUUUAAUCAAAUGGCUGCUAUGUGCUUUUUUACCAUCUCAGUACAGACUGGUCCUGAGAUGUAGACUACUCACUGUUAGGUUGUCUCCGCCUGUUCUGUCCUAAGGAAAGUAUUCAAAGAGUUGUUAAGCAUCAAAUACUUUAUGAGAGGAAGAUGGUUUUUUUAUUCAUACAAAACGGACUAUGUAUUAUAAAAAUUAACUGACCGUCUAUCACCUUAACAUCCUUUGACAAAAACAAUAACACUGAGUUUCGACCAUGAAUAUUUCAUGACAGCUAAAGUUCAAGUAUCAAAAUGUUUAUAAUUUUAAGUGUUUGUGAUGGCAAAAAGAGGGAAGAAUGGUUAUCUUCCUUUUUUGGUGCUAAGAAAGUCCUUACUAACAGUCCUUAACCUAAACUCAGUUCCUCGCUGUGUUAUGAUUGAUUUGCUGUAUUGUCACACUAAUACUCCUCCUCCUGACUGUCUCUGAUAGGAAAGGUGAUGUACUUGACUUGUUACACUUGAGCUAUGGCUGUAGGAGGACCAUGUGUUUAUUUAUAAAGCCCUCAGCAUAUGUCACAAAGUGCUUAUACAGAAACCCAGCCUAAAACCCCAAAGAGCUGUAAUGUAAAGAUGUAAAGUACAGUAGCUAGGAAAAACUCCCUAGGAAGAAACCUAGAGAGGAACCAGGCUCUCAGGGGUGGCCACUCUUUUGGCUGUUCUGGGUGGAGAUUUAUAAUAGUACGUGGUCAGAUCGUUCUUGAAUAUGUUCAAACGAGAGGGUCGGAAACAGCAGGUCCUGGACAAGGUAGCACGUCCAGCACGUGACAGCCAGGAGUCGUCAUGCCAGGUAGUCCUGAGGGAUGGUCCUCUGGGA